AUCGGCGCAACACUAAACUGAAGGCGGAUUUUGUGUGUCUGGUUCUUUAUAAAUGUAUUUUUAUUGCAUGCCUGAAGAUACGUGCAAGGAAUAUGGCAGAUAACGCUCUGUUUGAAUUCCUCCACAUGGAGAUUGUUGCUCACGUGUACAAGGAACAGGCAACUCGGGAGGACAUUGACAAGGAGAGAGUGACGUGUGUCUCUACUCUAGAGUUGAUGGGCUUCCGAGUUGGACAAGGACUGAUUGAAAGGUUUACAAAAGACUGCCCCACUUUCAAAGAUGACUUGGACAUAAUGAAGUUCCUGUGUAAAGACCUCUGGAGCACUAUCUUCAAAAAGCAAAUCGACAACUUGAGGACCAACCAUCAGGGCACGUAUGUCUUACAGGAUAAUAAAUUUGCACUACUAACUCAGUUUUCCAGUGGAAAGCAAUACCUUGAAGAGGCACCUAAAUACUUGGCCUUUUCCUGUGGGUUGAUUCGAGGAGCUCUAUCUAAUCUGGGCUUGGAGAGCGUUGUCACUGCAGAGGUUUCUUUAAUGCCAUCAUGCAAAUUCCAAGUUGUAAUUCAGAAACUCUAGGAUGGACUAAACAAGCUCUGAACAGCAGUUUCUUCAAUUAAAACUUUGUGAAUGUGAA